AUGGCCGGCCAAUAUCCUGUUUGGCAGCGCGGUUCAUUCUCUCCCCAGAAAAAACACGACAGCACAGCAUCUGGCCUCCUCACCAAACAACUCACGCCCACCAAACAAAUUGAAGUCCGGUCGGCCUCUGGCAUCUUUGGUUCUCAAUUCAAACAUCAACCUCAUCCGGUCAGCCAUGGCUCUUUCACAACCACAUCUUGUUCGAAUGGACGCAACGAUGGACCAAGUCAUGGUGGCCCACCCACAACUCGAUCAAUUGGUGGACUCACCUCUCACCUGCGGCGAGCUCGGUUUGCUCAACCACACGUUGUUCAAUGUCCAGUUUUGCAUACAAAUAGGCCAGCCUCGCUAUCCAAUCCCCUCUCAACUAAGCAGCUUAUUCAUCCUGACCAAGAAGUGCAAUAUGGUCAACAGAAAAUUAUCCCACCCUCCUCCGUAUGUCCUUCCUUGUCACUUCGAAUCUAUUAUGGCGGUUGUAUCUCACCCUCCAUUGGCCGUGAUCCCAUCAGAUCUUCGGAUGGUGUUGAGAACCUGACUCGCGGGAUCCGAACUCGCAGCUACCAGGCUCUUCUGGCCCAAGCCUCGAGGCCAGCAGGCUCUUCGUCAUCAUUUCAUAUCAAUCCUCUCAUUUUUGACUCCUCGACGUCCACACCCACCUCCACCCAGGCUACUGCUUCCACCGCGGCAAUGGGGUUUCGGGAUGAGCGCCCAGAUGCCGAUCGUUCUCCUUCAAAGAGGCCUGCUGACAACAUCGAGAUGACUGGUGAAGCGGAGCGCAACGAGGCCAUUGAUGAAGAAUCUGAUGAUGAUCUACCUCCUGCUCAUCUCGAUUUGUUUGAUGAACCUACCGAAGACGUCGAGGUUCCUGUUGGACCCACUGUUCAAACUGCCCCUUCACUGUCCUUUCUUUCCGACUCCUCACGUACUUUCAAUGCUUAUUUUAAUAUCUGGCAACGCCAGUGGCCCGAGCCUGAAAGCCCUGCUGCUAAGAAACGUAAACGUCCUGCUGGUGGCACUAGACCGGCCCAAAAGAAACCGACGAAACCGAAGUAUGCCAAUUACGCCCCCAAAGUGCCUACCAAGUUCACCGUGAAACCCAAAUUCCAAUGUUUUUCCAAUUUCAAAGACGCCCUCUUUGCCUCUUGCGACGAGCGUCUUCCGGGUAUUUCAGAGGUUUUUCACCGUGCCUGGGCCAACCGUACAAUCACCAUUAUGGUUUUUGUCAACGCUUCCGCUACCCAUAAGGCCUCCGACAAGCAAAUCAUCAGCUCACCGACGAAUUUCCAAAGCUUUGUUCAUGCGGCCUUGACUGCUUCUGCUUCUACAAGCAUGGGUUGCAGAAUCGUUCAAGAGGACCCUCGGAAGGCGAUGCAGGCCAUGCGAUCCCUGCUCAGUGCGUCGAAACCAUCGGAUGACGAAUCUGAAGCCUCUGAUGGACAUGAGUCCGUUGGUUCCGUUGGGGGCCAGUCUUCAACGACUCGUCAAAGGCUAUGUGUAGGCUCUCAAGGAAAAACUGGCGCUAUGGUAAGGUCACAGAGAUCACAUUUCAAACCGAAAGACCAGCAAGGUAACCUCCACGGGUGUACAAUCAAAUAG